AUGAUUUUAAUAAAAUCUAAAAUCCACUUUGCAUUUUGUGAAUUUGUAAAAAUAAUUAACAACAUCAACAAUAGGGAUAAAUAUUCAUUUCUAAAAAUAAAUAGAAGAAUUCAACACUAUUCAUUUUAUAAUGGAAAUAAGCCAAAUCAGGAAUAUAAAAAUGAAGGGAAAAAAUGUGUGCGUCAUUUUUUGAGGUUUCACAAAGAAUUAAAAUGCUUAGCAAAUAAAGAAUUAUUAAAUGAUUGUUAUAUUGAUAAUAAAAUUUUUUCAUCCAAUAUAGAAAAUUUUGGAAAAGAUGAAAAUAUCCAAAUAGUAAACAAAAAUAAUAAAAAUUGUGAUGUGAAUAUCAUGACAAAUAAAAUGGAAAUCGAACCUACAACUGAAGCAUCCUAUUUUUAUAGAAGAUAUAAAGAAAUAGUAAAUAAACAUUUAGAAAAAAAUAUAUGGUUAAUAUAUAAAACAUUUCAAGAAUUGAGUCUAAAAGAUAUAUAUUAUUUAUAUGAAAAAAUAAGCAAUAAAGAUUUAUUUAUUUUAUUUGUAAUAAAAUUGUUAAAUGUUGAUGAUGCUAAAGAAAAUAUUAAGAGAAUGAGGAAAAAAGUUAACGCAAAAAAUAAAUUAAAUAUAAUAGAUAAUUUAUUAUACCCAUUUUUGAUUUGCUCUGAUUUCUAUAUUCGUAAAGACAAUAUUAUUAUUUAUAAAAAUAUAGAUUUUUUUAACGAUGCGCAAAGGAUUUGUAGAAAUUUAUUAAUAUAUCUUUUUGAAAAAAUAAAUAAAAAUAAUUCACACUUAAAAUUUAAAGAACUUAACCAAGUGUUUAUUAUAUCAAUGAAAUUGGAAAGAAGUGAUCCAAAUUUAUUUUCAACUAAUCAUAUUAACGAACUCGCGAGGAUGUUAUCCUUUCGUUUUUUUCAAAUAAAUCAAAAAAAAGAAGAAAACAAAACAUAUGUUACAAAUAUUGGAAUUAAGAAUGGAAAAAAUAGUUUUACUGAUUUGUCUAUUACCAUGACAGAAAUAUGCAAAUUGUUAUAUGAACUUAUAAUUGAUAAUAAAGAAAUUGCGAGAAAAAAUAAAAACAAUGAUAUGUUGGAAAAUAUACAAAAUGAAGAAUAUAUAAAUUUAAUAAAAAACAUAUUAAUAUACACAAUAAGGGAAUUAAAAAAUCAAAACAUAGCAAAAGACACUUUUUUUGCAAAAAAUAUUAUUUCGAUUUUAUAUAGUUUAACACAUAUGUCUAAUAAAAGUUUUCAUAAUAUUUUUGUUGAAAUAUUUGAAAAUAGUUUAAGUUUUUUUUUUUCAUUUUUUUUUUCUACAAAUAAAGAGAAUAAAAAUCAAAUAAUUACAACAAGUUGCUAUGAUUUAAAUAGAAUAAUAAAAAAUAUACCAAGUCAAUUCAAAUUUUAUUUUGAUAAAGAAAAAAAUGAAGAUACUGAAUAUUUUGGAGAAAUAAAAAAAAAUUUAGAUGAAAAAAUAAGAAAUAUUACAUUAUCAAAUAAAUCUAAUUCAAAAUAUGAGUUUUCUUAUAUCAUAACAAUAAAGGAUAGCGAUUGUAGAAUAAGUAAUGAAUUCACUGUUGAGGAAAUUGUAAAAUUUAUUUAUUCUUUAACAUUUUAUCAAAAAAAAUUAUACAAUCCUACUUGUAAUUUUAAUAAAAAGGAAAAAAUCAAGGAUAUUCUUCUAAAAUAUUUAAUUCCAAGUAUAUAUGAUAUGAUUGAAAGGGAUAUAUAUAAAUUAGUUUUAUAUAUUAAUAGAUCAAAAAAAAAAAUAGAAAAUAUAAAUAAAGAUAGUAAUAAUAAUAAUGAAAAAAAUUACAACAGUUAUAUAACCAGGGAAAAUUCAUCAAGUUUGAGUGGAAGCACAGUUUCAAAAGAUUUGAUAUAUUAUUCGAAGAAAAAAAAUGAGUCUGUUAAUUUAUGUGAUGAAAAUUAUAUUUUAAAAUACUUAAGUCACUUAAUUAAUAUAUAUUAUGAACAUAAAUUUAUUGAUUUACAAAUUUUUUUUCUUACUAUACUUGUUAUAUCAAAAUUUAAAAAUAUCGAUUUAGUAGUUCUGAGCAAUAUUUUAAAUAUUUGCUCAAAAGCUAAUUAUUUCUAUGAUACAUUUUUUGUAAGCUUUUAUCUUUUUAAUUCUUUUGAGGGAAAAAAAUGGAAUAACAUUUUGAAAUAUGAAACAGGAAAUACUAUAAGAAUAGGUAGUAUUUGGAAAAAAUUUUUGAAAAAUAUAAAAACAAGAAUGUCAAAUGAGCAAGAAUUAAAUAAAAUAUAUCCCGUAAAUAUAAUAAAAAUUAUGAACGGAUUAAUAUAUUAUAAAUGCUUGGAUAAAAAAAUGAUUGAAAUAAUUAUAAAAAUUAUAUCUCAAAAUGAUUUAAAUAACAUUAAAAAGGUAGAAAUGGAUAAUAAUAGUAAGCUAGAGGAAAAAAAAAAAGUACAAAUAAAACUAGCGAAUGAAAAAGACAAGUUUAAUUUGAUUUGUUUGAGUUCAGUUUUAAACUAUAUGAGUUACACAGACAAUAUACAAAGUUAUGAUAUGAAAGUGAAACUUGUAAAAAUAAUAAAAGAAAAAAUACUAAUGAAUAAUAUAAAGGAUAAUAAUAGAUUAUUAUGUAGUAUAUAUAUAAGUUAUGGACGAUUAAAUAUUUAUGAUAAAUCAUUAUUUUAUAAUAUUUAUAAAAAGUUAAAUCUUAAAAAAAUAAGCCUUUUAAAUAUAUUGAGUAUAUUAUCUUAUUUAAAUAAAAUGGGGAUUUAUGAUAGAAAAAUAUUGCGUAUAUGUUUUAAUCAUACUUUUGAAAAAAAUAAAAAUCGUAUUAUAUUAUAUAAUACAUCAUUGAUGAUACAUUUAUUUUUUAUUUUAACGUCUAUAUGUCAGUUAUAUUUGUAUGAUAAUAUACACACAGUUUUGACUCAUAUAUUAUACAUAAUUAAUUGUAUAUAUAUGAAUAGCAAAAAUAAUGCACAUUUACAAAAAGAAAACAAAAAAAAACAAAAACAAAACGAAAUAAAUCAAAUCUCCAAUUUCAGUAAUGAUAAUAAUAAUCUACCUAUAAAUUAUAACUUUUAUUCGAUGCUUUAUAUAAGCUUACAAUCAUUUUAUUUGUUUUUUUUAAGCGAACAAUUUAGUCCUAACACUAAUUUUAUAAACCAAAUAAAUAUUAAAUAUUUGCGUAUAAUAAAUUAUUUAAUAGAUCAAAAAUAUGAUCAAUAUUAUUCAAUUAAACCAACAAAUUCAGAUAUUCAAAAAAAAGUUAUGACCCUUUUAAAACAUACUCUCAAAAACAAAAAUGUUCAAAUUGUUUAUGAAUACUAUUUGACUCCAAUUCCAUAUCUUAUUGAUAUGGUUAUUCUACCCAAAUAA